AUGCGUUGGCACCCAGGCUCUCAAAUAUGUCUCCUACUACUGAUGCACGCCGUCGGAAAUGUAGCGGGACUCAACUUCACUCAAUGCUUAAUUGACAUUGUGGCGAAUGCGAAUGCUACCCAGAAUUUAGCUGGUCUACUCGAUGGCAACGGAGAUCCCGUGUCUAAUGCUUUUGAUGCGACAUCGAUAACCUACGCGCUGUGCACCUCUGCCUGCGGGAAGGGACAGGAACCUUUUCAGUGGUCCGUCUUUUCGCAGGAUCUUGGUUCAUGGUUGCUGCCCAACCUUGCACUGAUUUCGCAGCUCCCCUUUGGGGGGGAGGAAAGGCCUCAUAAUUUCAUGGCUGCUGUCUUAACCGUCGGCUCACCGGUACUUGCCGGUUACUCUCUAUUAAUGACCCUCCUCAAUUCUAUCUGGAUCAAACGCAAAUUUAACAAAUUGAAGAAAAAUCCCGAGACUAACUCAAGUUUCGCAGCCUCUAUCUUGAGCAACCUUCAGCAAGUCCCGCUAAGACUCAAUCCCGAUCUUGUCAAAUCCCUGAUCGUCCUUCCUGAAAACGACUGCUGGUUGAAAUGUCUCUCGGAAUUCGUGGACUACACACACACAUGGUCAUUCGCGCCCGCAACCGCCAUUGCCUGGGUCGUUGUCGCAUUUGUCAUAAGUGUGGUCAACUCACCAGUGGAACUUUUUAUAAGUUCGCAAGCUGACGGCACCGCUACUGGUUCCCUGUGGCUGUGGUUGAUUCCAAUAGUCGUUGGAUGGCUGCAGCUCUCCCCCAAGUGCGAUUUUUUUCGCUUAGAAGAGGCCUAUAAACGUGCCAACCAACAUGCACACGCAGGAUGUCGUCACAUGAAAACGUCAACUGAGUUUCCCACAAAAGCUUUAACAAUAACUGCCAAGGACAACGAUGUGUCAUCUCCAGAUGAACACCUUACCCCUCCAGUGUUUAAUUACUCCCGUUCGUUUCGAUGGGCAUCUACAGCCCACAUGAUGUUCCUAGAGUUCGAAGCGGCAUCAGAGGAGGAGGCUCAGAACUCCACUCUUGUCAGUUUUCCCAUCCCCAUCCAACAGUCCGAGUCUUCCGAGUCCUCCGAAACCCUCUACCCACCCACGUCCUUCGGGGAGAUCCCCCGUGAUGCACAUUGCAGCCGUUGGGCGCCUUACGUGGUCUUAAGAAUGGUCGCUGCUUCGUGUGCUUCACUUGCAUUACAAUGGGGAACAGCUGGAGCAGCGUUUUUGACGGCAUGGUUCACGCCUACUACACGCAUGGGGUGUCGAUCUAUGAGUUACCUCAUCUACGCGGGCUUAUCGACCUUGGUUUGGAUGAUGCUUCUGGCGUCUAGUGUUCUCGCCCACUACAGUGUACCAUUCCGUGACACGUACCCCGCGAGCAAUCUCUAUCGGGCGCUCUCGAAUGGGUAUGGUCCUCUCCCUGUGACGCAGAACAAUUCUGACCCCUUUGACUAUUUAAGCAAACAGAAGCGGUUGCCUGCAGGGCGUAAUUUGGCUCGGAAGAUAUCAAACUUGCUGCGGUGGGCAGGCAAAGCGUUGGCCAUUGCAAACUCCAUCUGGUUGGUGCUGUCGUGUAUUUUCGUGUAUUCCAACUUCUACGAUACAUGCUUCUGCAAUGGUAGCGUGAUCAGUAGAGGAGAGGCCGCAUACACUGUCAUCAUCGAAACUGCAGCUCAAGCUGCACAGCUGAAGGCUGCCUCGAUCGGUGCUCUUGCUAUGGCAUGUGUCACGUCGUUUUUAUUCAUUGUGAUCGUAAACUUAUGGUAA